UCGGAAGUGAGCGCAAAGCCACAGUUUCGAGAUGAAGCCGGCGGUGGAUGAGAUGUUUCCCGAGGGCGCGGGGCCCUACGUGGACCUGGAUGAGGCUGGAGGCAGCACUGGGCUCUUGAUGGACUUGGCAGCCAAUGAAAAGGCAGUUCAUGCAGACUUUUUUAAUGAUUUCGAAGAUCUCUUUGACGACGAUGAUGUCCAGUGAGGCCGUCCACUCACAUGUGCCCCACAUUGCGACACUCCUCGAAUGUCUCGAGACAGGGUCAGUUGACAGUAGGGACCUUGCGAAGAUCACUAGAAAUCAGGACUUGGCCAGCCAAGGGAGGGGCAUUGUGACGCAGCUGGACGCUGAUGUCUCUGAGGAUGCCAGCCCCUUGUCCUUGUUUAAUUAAAAAAGAGCACUAGA